UGAUAAAGUUAGUGGGGCUGCCGGGGAGCGCCCGAGACGCGGCGGCGGCGGUCGGCGCUCUAUGGAGGUGGCGGGGGGAGGCGUCGGGUCGGUGCUGCUGCUGCUGUGGUGACUCGGAGACUCGCCCUGUCCCGCGCGCUCCCCCCUUCCCCUCCCCAGCCCCGGUCCCCGGCUCCCUUCCCCUCCCCCCCCUUCUCUUGCCUUUUCCCCUGCCCUUGGUAGCCGCCGGGACCCGGGGAAGCUGACAAGGCCUUAGGGAAGGUUUUGUUUUUCCCUACCCCGUCAAUUUAAUUUUAUUCUUUUGAAGAUUCUUCGUUGUCAAGCCGCCAAAGUGGAGAGUGCGAUUGCAGAAGGGGGUGCUUCUCGUUUCAGUGCUUCUUCAGGCGGAGGAGGUGGUAGGGGUGCACCUCAGCACUAUCCCAAGACUGCCAGCAACAGCGAGUUCCUGGGGAAAACCCCAGGGCAAAACGCUCAGAAAUGGAUUCCUUCACGAAGCACUAGACGAGAUGACGACUCCGCAAACGACAAAGAACGACAUGAUGCAAUCUUCAGGAAAGUAAGAGGCAUACUAAAUAAGCUUACUCCUGAAAAGUUUGACAAGCUAUGCCUUGAGCUCCUCAAUGUGGGUGUAGAAUCUAAGCUCAUCCUAAAAGGGGUCAUACUGCUGAUCGUAGACAAAGCCCUUGAAGAGCCCAAGUAUAGCUCGCUGUACGCUCAACUAUGUCUGCGACUGGCAGAAGAUGCACCCAACUUUGAUGGCCCAUCAGCAGAGAGUCAUCCAGGACAGAAGCAAAGCACAACAUUCAGACGCCUCCUAAUAUCUAAACUUCAAGAUGAAUUUGAAAACCGAACCAGAAAUGUUGAUAUCUAUGAUAAGCAUGAUGGUCCCCUCCUCCCUGAGGAGGAGGAACAGAGAGCCAUUGCCAAGAUCAAGAUGCUGGGGAACAUCAAAUUCAUUGGAGAACUUGGCAAGCUUGAUCUUAUUCAUGAAUCUAUCCUUCAUAAGUGCAUCAAAACACUUUUGGAAAAGAAGAAGAGAGUUCAACUCAAAGAUAUGGGGGAGGAUUUGGAGUGCCUCUGUCAGAUAAUGAGGACAGUGGGACCUAGAUUAGAUCAUGCGAAAGCCAAGUCCUUAAUGGAUCAGUACUUUGCCCGUAUGCGCUCCUUGAUGUCAAGUAAGGAAUUGCCAGCAAGGAUUCGUUUCCUGCUGCAGGAUACUGUGGAGUUGAGAGAACACAACUGGGUUCCUCGCAAAGCUUUUCUUGACAAUGGACCAAAGACUAUCAAUCAAAUCCGUCAAGAUGCAGUAAAAGAUCUGGGAGUUUUUAUUCCUGCUCCUAUGUCUCAAGGGAUGCGAAGCGACUUCUUUCUGGAGGGACCCUUCAUGCCACCCAGGAUGAAACUUGACAGGGACCCACUCGGAGGGCUUGCUGAUAUGUUUGGACAAAUGCCAGGUAGCGGAAUUGGUACUGGUCCAGGGGUUAUUCAGGAUAGAUUCUCACCCACCAUGGGACGCCAUCGUUCAAACCAACUCUUCAAUGGCCAUGGGGGUCACCUCAUGCCUUCUGCUCAAUCCCAGUUUGGAGACCUAGGCAAAUCUUUUCUGAAAAGUCAGGGGCAAAGCCAACUCUACCAUACCCAGAAUCAGGGACUCUUAUCCCAGCAACAAGGACAGUCGAAGGAUAUGCCACCUCGGUUUUCUAAGAAAGGACAGCUUAAUGCAGAUGAGAUUAGCCUGAGACCUGCUCAGUCUUUCCUGAUGAAUAAAAACCAAGUGCCAAAGCUUCAGCCCCAGAUAACUAUGAUUCCUCCCAGUGCUCAACCACCACGCACUCAGACACCGCCUUUGGGACAGCCGCCUCAACUUGGUCUUAAAACAAAUCCACCACUUAUACAAGAGAAGCCUGCAAAGACCACCAAGAAACCACCUCCUUCUAAGGAAGAGCUACUUAAACAAACUGAGGCUGUUGUGACUGAGUAUCUGAACAAUGGAAAUGCUAAUGAUGCUGUCAAUACUGUAAGAGAAAUGAGAGCUCCGAAACACUUCAUUCCUGAGAUGCUGAGCAAAGUAAUCCUUCAAUCCCUAGACAGAUCAGAUGAGGACAAAGAGAAAGCAAGUACUUUGAUCAGCUUGCUCAAGCAGGAGGGAAUAGCCACCAGUGACAACUUCAUGCAGGCAUUCCUGAAUGUAUUGGACCAGUGCCCCAAACUGGAGGUGGACAUCCCAUUGGUGAAAUCCUACUUAGCACAGUUUGCAGCCCGUGCCAUUAUUUCAGACCUGGUGAGCAUUUCCGAACUGGCUCAACCACUGGAAAGUGGCACCCAUUUCCCUCUCUUCCUGCUCUGUCUUCAGCAGUUAGCUAAGUUACAAGACCGUGAAUGGCUAACAGAAUUGUUCCAACAAAGCAAAGUGAAUAUGCAGAAAAUGUUACCAGAAAUUGACCAGAACAAGGAUCGCAUGCUGGAGAUCUUGGAAGGGAAGGGGCUUAGCUUCUUGUUCCCGCUUCUGAAACUGGAGAAGGAACUGCUAAAGCAAAUAAAAUCGGAUCCAUCCCCUCAAGCCAUCUAUAAGUGGAUUAAAGAUAACAUUUCACCCAAGCUUCAUGUAGAUAAGGGAUUUGUGAAUAUAUUGAUGACCAGUUUCUUGCAGUAUAUUUCUAGUGAAGUAAACCCACCCAGUGACGAAUCGGAUUCUUCAUCUGCUCCAUCUAAAGAGCAGCUCGAGCAGGAAAAACAGCUGCUUCUUUCCUUCAAGCCGGUGAUGCAGAAGUUCCUCCAUGACCAUGUUGAUCUGCAAGUGAGUGCUUUGUAUGCACUCCAGGUGCACUGCUACAACAAUAAUUUUCCAAAAGGCAUGUUACUGCGCUUCUUUGUUCAUUUCUAUGACAUGGAGAUCAUUGAAGAAGAAGCCUUCUUGGCAUGGAAAGAAGACAUUACUCAAGAGUUUCCAGGGAAAGGCAAAGCUUUAUUCCAGGUAAACCAGUGGUUAACCUGGCUGGAAACUGCUGAAGAAGAAGAAUCUGAAGAAGAAGCUGACUAAAGAACCAGCCAAAGCCUUAAAUUGUGCAAACAUACUGUUGCUAUGAUGUAACUGCAUUUGACCUAACCACUGCGAAAAUUCAUUCCGCUGUAAUGUUUCACAAUAUUUAAAGCAGAAGUAUGUCAGUAGGAUAUUCUCUGCAAAAGGUUUUUGUAGUAUGUCUUAAUAGUCUACAAUAAAAAUAUUUUAGAGUAUCUUCAAUGUUUAGAUAACAGUGUAUUAGCAGCAUGCAAUAAUUACAUCAUAAGUUCUCGAGCAGAAGCAGUCUGUUGCAAGGGUCUUCUUUGCUGCCAGUUAUCAUAGGCUGUUUUUAAGUUAGAAACUGAAUAGCAACACUGAAUACUGUAGAAAUGCACUUUGCUCAGUGUAAUACUUGAGUUGUUGCAAUAUUUGAUUAUCCAUUUGGUUGUUACAGAGAAUCCUUAACUGUAAUCGAUGGUUGUUGCCGUAAUAGUAUAUUUGCCUGUAUUUCUACCUCUAGUAAUGGGCUUUAUGUGCUAGGUUUUAAUAUCCUUGAGCCUGGGCAAGUGCACAAGUCUUUUUUAAAAGGAACAGUUUACUUGCACAAAAACUGAUCGGCUGAAGAGAUGGUUUAAUGCCCUUUGGAAGAGGUUUUUGUGGGUGUGAAACAUGACAUGGUGAGAAAUUUGAAUUGGUCCCUCUUACAGUACUGAAAUUAAGUCUAUUAAUUUAUCAAGACAUGUUCAUGCCCUGAUUUUAUAUACUUGUAUCUAUCAAUAAACAUUGUGAUACUUGACUUGUUUCUGAAUGUCUCCCAGUAGAAAAGCUUUGGUUGAUGACUUGUUCACUUAAGAAAGGAAGUAUCAGUGGGAGUUACCUUAGGUUGCAACCAUCCUGAAAUUACUUUUACACUCCUUGUCUGGAUAUGCAGAUGAAUUCUAAAUAAGGUCACAGACAAGAUGAGACACUACAGUUGUGUUGUGACAGAAGGAGAAUGAUGGGAUUCUGUUGAAGAAAUGGUAGGGGUUUGCCUUGUGGUCCAAUGUAUGCUUUAUCAGUGAGUAUGUGCUUUUGACUUGGUUAAUGCUUUGAGCUUCCCCCCAGGCCACAUGCAUGUUUCUGAAUCAAGUGGCACUGUCUAUUAGCUGCCUGUUUCUCGAAUUGAAUUGGCAAAAAAAACCCCUACAAAAGAGGUGAAUGAUGUUGCAUUGUACAGGCUUGAAAUGUCAUCUAUUAAAUACUCAAAACACCUUACUUCCUA